UCUUGAGUCAAGCUAGAAACGACAUAACCGUUAGUUUCCUCAGUCCUCAUUGAGUCACCGAGGAGCAGGCUGUUCUCUCACAUCCAGUCCUUAAAUAUGAAAUGAGAGGAGAUAAUUAAAUCAUUCUCCCAGGGGCACCGUCUAACCCGCACCGUAGAUUGUUUCAGUACUAUGGAGGAAAAGGGAUCUGGAAUCCCCUCUCAGGACGACCCAGUUCCUCGACGCAGCCUGGGCUCCAGCUCAGGUCUACAUUAUGGCGCUCUUGUAAACAGCGUUUCUUCACUUGCACCGCUGGCAACAGACAAUCCAGCCAUUUCACCAAGACGUGCCUAUGUAGCUAUAGCUGUUCUCUGCUAUGUCAACCUGCUCAACUACAUGGAGCGCUAUACGAUAGCAGGCGUUCUUGCAGAUAUCCAGAAAUUCUUCACAAUCAACGACAGCACGGCUGGACUGCUGCAAACAGUUUUCAUCUGUAGUUUCUUGCUCCUGGCCCCUCUCUUUGGUUACCUCGGGGACCGCUACAAUCGCAAAUACAUCAUGCUGUGUGGCCUGAGUGUGUGGCUCCUGACUGCAGCAGGCAGCUCCUUUGUCAGCAAGUCGCAAUUCUGGCUUCUUGUUCUGUUGCGAGCACUCGUCGGCGUUGGAGAGGCCAGCUACUCCACCGUUGCUCCCACCAUCAUUGGAGAUCUUUUCUCAGGGGGUCAGCGGAGCGUCAUGAUCUGCAUCUUCUACAUCUUCAUACCUGUAGGAAGCGGUCUUGGAUACAUCACAGGGGCAGGGAGUGCUAAUCUCACAGGGGACUGGCGCUGGGCUCUCAGGAUCACUCCCAUCAUGGGUGUAGUGGGACUCAUCCUGAUGGUGUUCCUUUGUCCUAACCCACCCAGAGGGGCCGCAGAAACCCACGGAGAUGGAGUGACGGGUCACAGCUCCUACAAGGAGGAUGUAAAGUAUCUUCUGAAGAAUAAAAGUUAUGUGUGGUCGUCACUCGGAGUGACGGCUCUGGCCUUCCUCACCGGGGCCUUGGCUUUCUGGUUGCCCACCUUCCUGGCCAGGGCUCACAUGACCAAGGGUGUUGAACGUUCAUGCACCGGCGACACCUGCGACUCCACAGACAGUUAUAUAUUUGGUGCUGUGACGGUGGCGACGGGCAUUCUGGGAGGAGCUCUGGGCACCACCUUGUCCAGACAUUUUAGGGAUAAGUUCUCACAUGCUGACCCGCUCAUCUGUGCAGUGGGCAUGCUCGGAUCAGUCCCCUGCCUCUUCAUCACCAUUUUUGUUGCAUCCUCGAGCGUUCCCGCUGCUUACGUAUUUAUUUUCUUUGGUGAGUUGUUGCUGUCCCUGAACUGGGCUGUCCUGGCUGACAUCUUACUGUAUGUUGUCGUACCAACCAGAAGGGCAACAGCCGAGGCUCUACAGAUCACCUUUGGUCAUCUCCUUGGUGACGCUGGGAGUCCCUACCUGUUAGGAGUGAUAUCCGACGCCAUACGCUCAUCUAAUCCUAAAACCCAUGACUGGAACUUCCGCAGCCUGAUGUACAGCCUCCUUGUUUGUCCAUUCGUUGGGAUCUUAGGAGGAGUAUUUUUUCUCAUCACCACCAUGUAUAUUACUGAAGACAGGAAAGCAGUCCAGCGACUUGUUGAAGAAGAUCUACACUCACAGCAGGGGCCCACAACCGAUUCCUCCAUGGAGCUGAGCGACAAGAGGACUGUUUAAAACCAAACCACUGAGGAGAGAUUAUUAGACUGUAACCAAGCAAACACUGAUGAGGAGAGGUGCCGUUAAAUGUUAAUCAGUGCCACUCUUUCAUUAACACGCUGCUCAAAGGAGCAACUGAUCAAGUAAAGGCAAGAAACAGGUUCUUAUUCUUCAUUGUGUGGGGAUACGACCCAAUUACUUCAACAAUGUAAAAAAAAAAGGUCCAAUUAAGAACCUAGUGCCAACUUCCCACAGCAAUACCUCACCAUGGAAAGACUGAUGCGCUCAGAUCUAAUCAGCCCAACAUUACCUCCCAUUUUGAGGCCGCCCAGGAUACUGGAAAAAAAAGUAAUUAUUUUGAUGUAAAUACUGUUUUUUGUUUUAAGAAAUUAAUAAAAAAAAACUCUUUAAACUUU